AAUAUUCCCCUAUAUGCUAAUUUAUCACAAUGCUACUUAAAUGUCGGCAAUAUGUAUGAAGCAGCUGAGACAGCGUCUGAAGUUUUAUCACGGGACCCCGAUAAUGAGAAAGCGUUAUAUCGAAGAGCGAGAGCUCGAAUAGGAUGUUGGCAGCUUGAUGAGGCGGAAGAGGACUUGAAAAAGCUGGCAAAGACACCCAAAAACGAGUCCUUAGUCCAAGCGGAAAUGGCAGUUUUGGCGCAAAAAAGGAUUGAGCUAGCAGAUAGUAAAAAGAAGACGUAUACCAAGAUGUUCAAGUAA